CCACGUCGCUAGACAAGUGUUUCUUCAACACGUUUUCCUUCCGCGCUUCUUAAUCAAUUGAACCGCCGCGGUGUUGAGCACUUCCGCUACUUCCUUUCUUUUUCGGUCUCAGCCAGCUUUUAAUCCUCCAAGGAAAGUCCUGUUGGAACUUCAUCUCUUGGCGAUGGAGUUCCACGAGGAGUCUGUUGGCACACAAUCCGGCCCUCCUACUAUGUCGCUACCAGAGGACCGAGGCAGAGACGACUCAGUACAUCUCACACCUGCAGACGACGAUGGAAAACCCGACGCCGACUCUAGAAAUGCGUCGAUGAGAACGGACAAAAACUGCACCCUGAAGGUGACUGCUAUUGCUGGCACACCAGAACUAGGUCCGCUAGAUGUGCUGGCGUUUCCAGAUGACACAAACGCGGGCGAUCGACUUGUCCUUGACAAGAAGCGCAAGUCCACUAGCCAAGGCGUCGAUUCUGAAAGAGCAGGACCUAAGAAAAUGAAGUUGGCCGAGGAUUAUACAACACAUCUUGGCCAUUUUUCCACCCUAACCGAUAACUCACUCGCCAGGGAUAAAUCUUUCCUGCCUGCCGAGAUCUGGCAUUAUAUCUUUACUUUCUGCCCCGCCAAGCUUCUGGGCAAUUUGUUGCGCGUCAACAAAUUGUUUAACCUCUAUCUUGUCCCCUUCUCAUCAGUUCACAGAGAAGUUCCUGUUUCUGUGAACCGUGGUUCUCUCGGUCCCUUGAAGCCCAAUGCCAUUUGGCAGGCUUCAAGGCGAUUCUUUUGGCCACACAUGCCCGCACCGCUCCGGAAAAAAACCGAGCUUGAUAUGUGGCGACUUGCAUGCUCACGUAGGUGCGAGACCUGCGGCAAACUCGAUUCCCGAGAUCACGCUGCUCCACCUGAUCCGUGGCGCCCCGGUCCGGGAGCUGAGGGUGUGGUUGUCGUCUGGCCCUACGGCAAGCGCAUGUGUGCCUCGUGCCUCGUACAAAGAUCUAUCAAGGAACUUGACGUUCUUCUUUCACCGUCUAUCCCCUCCGCCAUUGUGUCUGCCCUCCCAUCCGUGUUCUUGACGUCGGAUCUUGACGUCUUCUUUGCUUCGACACUCGAGCAAGGCCAACGUCCCGCCGAUUUUGAGGUCACUGAACUCUUCUCAGCUCCAGACGUAAAGGACCUAGAGCUCGAGUUUCAAGUUGUGAAGGACAUGGGGCCUGGAACUGUAGAUGAGUGGUUGAAGGGUCUUAGUGGCCGAGGCAAGGAACUGCGCCACGAGGCAUCGAAAUGGGAGAAGUGGGAUGGCUCCGGUGGUGUCACCAGAAUGUGCACACAGCUCUACCCGGGAUACAUGGAAGAAACUUCAGUGCUUCCCGCCCCAACCCAUUCAACUGGGGCCAUUCCUCCUCCAUCUUCGUCGUUGCCAGGUCUUCCACCACCUGGCUCGUCUCAGCUUUUGUCCCAGCCCCGCCAUGAACGAACCGUGGAGGAAGUAGCGGGACUGAAAGCAUCUAGGAAAGCAGAGAUUGAGCGACGUGCCGCACUUCUCGAUCCACCAUUGGCAGCAGAUGUCCUUCAUCACAUCCCUUCUUUUCAGGCCGCUACGCACAUUAUCACGCCCCUAGACGAUAAUGCCUGGGAUCUUCUCAAGCCGCGACUGCUAGCUCAGCGGGUCGAUGUGGAAGAGCAAGAAAAUGAGCAAUCUGCCCACACCAAAGUUAGCCAGGAUCAGGCGGUGCAUCGCCAUCUUGAAGCAACGCUAGCUACUACGAAAGAAGCAAGAGACCUUAUCGACAAAGACUGGGAGAUGGUACAAGCACCAUUGCGCGCUCGCAUCUCUCAUUUGGCAGACGAGAUCAUCCGGGACAAGUGGGAUAAGGGCAAAAGGGUGUCAAAACAGAACUGCUCAAAAUUCGCUGUCGAUGUACUCGUCUACAUUCGGGAAAAGUUCUAUGCCGGCGUGGCGAAAGAUGCCGCUGCUGCUAAGGCUUCUGGUCAAGACCCGACUGUUGAUCCACCCGACGGUCCGUUUACACAGAAGCUCACUUUGGAGAAUAUGAAGUGGAUCUUCGACACCAAAAUCAAGCCCUUCACCGAGUUAUACCGCAAGGAGAUUUUCUACUGCAAUGGCUGUGAGGGGAACUCCAAAGUUUUUGGCUUUGAGGGUGUGGUUCAACACUACGCGGCAAAGCAUACAACAGCCCUCAGCGUGGGUAGUGUCGUAGUCCACUGGAGAGCUGAGUGGCCAAAAACACCCCCUUUUGCUCGUGAGGCUCGAGCAGCGAACCGACCCCAUUUCACACCGGGGUUUGGCCCCUUCACCAACAAUCUUGCAUCUCUCCAGGACGGCUAUAACUAUCUACCCACGUCUGGCACUCCAAUGCACCCUUCUUACCCGCUGCCUUCCGGGUUUGCGUAUGGUGCAGCGCCCUCUGUCGAUCACUACCAUCACCAGGCACUGCCCCCUCCGUCGUAUCAGUUCCAGGGCGCCGUCCAUCCCUAUCCGCCACAGACAAGCUAUGGACAGCAACCUUAUGCCGCUCACCCGACCCAGUACCAGCCGUACCCAGCGGCCCCUGGCCCAUACAACCACCCUGGUAUUGAUCCAAUGCAUGGCUAUGGGCCUCCGCCUGAUGCGGGCUACCAUGGUUCAUACCAGGCAAAUGCACAGGUUGCCUACACAGCACCCCCACCACCGGCCUUCCCGCAACAUCUAUACCAAACGAAGCUGGACGAUAUCGCCCGAAAUUCUCGGGAAAUUUGGCAAACAUUGGCCAACAUCAAGGACCUCCCCGGUGCCGUGAGGGUUUUUGUCACUAUCCACCAUCUCGCCAAGAGGUACUGGUCGACGUUUGGCGAAAAGCCCCCGCUAUAUCUUUUUAUAGACGGUUUAUCCAACAACAAAGAUAUGCGUCCUGUCCGUAACAUCAAUGGCCUUGCUUGCAAGACUUGUCACCAAGGGCUAGGCGAUACCGCAUCUGUGGAAAAGGACGGGAGGACCUUUUCACUCCCUCAGCUUGUCAACCACUUUCAGUCAGAACACGCCCAGCCAUUGCAGCAUAAUCAAGUGCAAGAAACGGCCUCUGUCGUCGACUGGGUCCUGGAUAUGGUCCUACUACCAAAUCCAGUAGUCAUGACCCAAAUCCAGUCCAGCAUCAACACAGCGCAGCGGGAAAUACUUUUGGAUGCACUUCCAGAUGCCUUUGAACCGCGCCCCAUCGCUGCGACUGAGCUGCGUCAUCCCCAAUAUCAGCAUCAACCGGGUUACUCUGGAGCCAUGCUAUCUCACUCUGGUGAUGACCGCAGCGCCCGCGAUGUAAAGCUAUUGCGGGAACGAAGUACCAAUGAACACAUAACUAAAGAUAGUACUCCCAACAGUUACCCAUUCGAUGCACGUACAGUGGAAGCCCACCCAUUCGGAGAUCACCUUUAUACAACCCAGCCUCACACCCUACCUGCAUCGCACAGUGUGAUCCACGACGCAGUUGAGGGAUCAUCAUCUGCGCCAAGAUCCGUGAGCGUGACUGAACAUGGUCAAACAGGUCGCGCCGAAGGUGGUCACCAGUCAUCACUGGGCUUUCGAACAACUCAGGAGCAAAGAAAUUCCCAGAAUCACAAGAAAGUAGCAAACAAAUCGAAGCGCAGGAAGAUGCCUAAAGCUAGCUCCGCUGAUGAGCGCGCGAUCAAGCAGUUGGCCAAGGAGAGCGAAGAGGACGCUCGCCGUGAAGAACAGAAGAUAAGAGCAAUUUGGGCUGCAGAAAGGGUCGAAACUGCACGCGCAUACUCGUCGGCCAAUCCGGUCCAAAACAACAAAGAAGAAAAGGCAAGCGCUCCGCAAUCGACGCUACAGUCAGACACUCGCCCAUUACAGCAUUCCGAAAGAGUCGCAUCUCGGAGACCUCCAGUUCAACCUUGGCCUCUGGAAGAAUCGAACCUCACAUCGGCACUUGAAAUGCAUCUUGACCAGCAACACUCUCCAGCCAUUGCGGCGAGGCGACGGGCCCCAAAUACUGUGAUUCGUCUUGAUGACAGAGCGUUGGUCAUGCCUUUGAAUACGCGAUACAUUUCUCGAACUGCAACUCAGUACGAGGACAAUUUGGACUGCUCAAGGUUUCCGGUCAAUGGAAGUCGACGUUCCCAUGCAGCACAAGAAGAGUGGGCAGAUAGGCCCCAUGCCGCACAUCAGAUCCAGUCUUGGCCUCGGCCUCAACCUCAACCUCAGCCCGUAUCCUUGUUCCAGCCAGGGCUGACAGAAAGGCGCGUCGCAAACCGUGAUGGAUAUCCCUUACAGCCAGAGCUAUAUGAGCAACUACCUCGCCGUGUAGAGGGUAGGCUAUCUGACCAGCCUCACCGGCUGGACAAUGUUAGUGACGACAUAGCACGACGACCAGAAUACUACCGCUACGCGGAGAACACGCGUGCCCCAUCUCGACAGGCGCCUGUUGAGACAUGGGAGAUUGUGCACGUCAUUGACGAGGGAGGGGAGUACUAUGUCCGAAGACCUGUGCGGCGUGAGCCAGAUCCCAUUUACGCUUAUGAAGAACGGAGAGUGCAUCGAGAUACUGGUCCGUAUACCGCUUAUGAGCCUGUCUACGUUCCAGAUUCAAGAACCGACUUGGCCAGGGAACAUCUCGGGCCCAUGGUUGACCGUCGGGAGGACCCCUCAUAUUAUGAGUAUGAUCCCCGGUUUCCGGCAGCUUGAGUUGGCAUUGCUUGCUGCACUGCACACGGCCUCUCUCUCGUCCCUUUCUGCGAGCAUGAGUAGUUGCUGCCUAUUAUGGCUUGUAUAGCCACUGUCGAGGGAUCCUGUUGGGCAUUUUUAUCUCGAGGGAAAUAGGGCUGUUGGAUGCAGCAAUAUUAGGAAGGCCAGCCUGCUCUCUCUUGUCUCGUUACACCUAGUGUCGGCCCGAGGCGGGGCCUGCCCGACCUUGGUGAUUUGUUAUAGACCAUAUCCCUGUGUAUAUCUUUGGAUUUAGGAGGUUUGUU